UAUUUGUAGAAAAUGGACAUAAUUAAAGAGAUUAAUGAUAAAUUUAUGGCUUUGGAAGCUGAGGUUGACUCAAAACUUGAUGCGGUAAAACGCGAAGAAGCGAAAUUUGAAAAGAAUGCCACAUCGUUAGAAAGGAAAUCACAAAAUCAAGAAGAAGAGGCUAUGGUGAGAAAUGCCAAUUUGAUUAAGUCUCUCGAGAUGACAAAGGCUCGUUUGCGUUCACGUUCCACAUUCUCACCUGUGGAGCAAAUUUUAGAGAAAGCUCUAUCGAACUAUAAAAUGGAUUUAUUGCGUUCGCAUCAAAGAAAAACGCAGAAUUGUAAUGCGGCUGAAAAUAUAUACGAUACUGUUGGAAUAUAA